CAUGUGCGUUUUUCUGCAGCGAUCCGUGAAAGUGCCGUGUUUUAGUCUUUGCAGAUGGAGACCAGCGUCUCCGUGUUAUUUAACGAUGAGGGCUGAAUUAUCCGCGUUUUCACGGUUCACUACCGGAGCGUUUCUGUGAAAGGGGGCGUUCGGUUUUCUGCUUCCACGAUUGAUGAUUCGGUUCGAAUGAAACGUGAACUGUCGACGAUUUUUGAUCUACAUUCUUGAUGUAAAAAAUCAACAAGGUCCGUUUUUUUAUUGACGUGAUCUACCUCAAAUGAGCAAAAACCGCUUAUCGGCUCCGUUUGUUUUUAAAAUACAAUUUUCAAAACAUAAAUAAAUCCUCGUCCAUUAAAUACGAGGAGGUUGGAAAUGGGAAAACAGGCGGUUUUAUUUUGGGGUUCGUUGGAUUGUGGUCUCCAUGGAGACGAGAUGCAGGACCGUCGGCUGCUGCUGAGGCAGGGGAGGAGAGAGUGUGGCUGCAGCCGCUGCGGGUCCAGCAGCUGUAGAGUGGGAAAUAAAACACCCAACCGACCUAUAGAGACGUUCAAUGUCUGGACAUCUGCAUCAGAAGCCCUGCAGCCUUUUAGAUCAUGUUCGCAGCCACCACGUUCUUUCAGUCCGUGGCCCAUAUUCCUAGCGCCCAUCGCUGGAGACGUGAAGCCCCAGACCCCUCCCCUCGCUGCUGGAAACACGUAGUCCACUGUCAUGGCGCCUAGGUUCCAGGUGAAGUCCAGCAUGAAGAGCCUGGAGCACGAGCUGCACUGUCCCGUGUGCAAGGACAUCGUCAAGCAGCCCGUGGUCCUGCCGUGCCAGCACAGCGUCUGCCUCCUGUGCGCCGCCGAGGUGCUGGUGGCCAACGGCUACCCGCCCCCCGAGCUCCCGCCGGACCCCAAGUCGCCGGCCUCCACGCCCAACACCCGCUCCCCCCGCCAGGCCCGGCGCCCGGCGCCCAGAGCCGAGCCGCGGCCCAUUGACCGCGUGCUGCGAUCAGGCCCCCACCCGCCCUCGCCGUCCACGCCCCGGUCCCCGGGAUACGGGCCGCACCCGGGCCGGCGCCGCAAGGAGGGCCCGGCGCCAGCCAUGAUGUUCCCCUGCGCCCCCUGCGGCCGAGAGGUGGAGCUGGGCGAGAAGGGGCUCGGCGACUGCCUGCGGAACCUGACGUUGGAGCGCAUCGUGGAGCGGUACCGGCACACGGUGAGCCUGGGCAGCGUGGCCGUCACGUGCCAGUUCUGCAAACCGCCCCACGCGCUGGAGGCCACCAAGGGCUGCGGCGACUGCCGGGCCAACUUCUGCAACGAGUGCUUCAAGCUGUACCACCCGUGGGGGACGCCGCGGGCGCAGCACGAGCACAUCCUGCCCACGCUCAACUUCAGGCCCAAGGUUCUGACCUGCCCGGACCACGAGCAGGAGAAGCUGCAGUUCUACUGCCGCUCGUGCCAGCGGCUGCUCUGCCCUCUCUGCAAGCUGCGCCGCGCGCACGGCGGACACAAGGUCCUCCCGGUGGCGCAGGCCUACCAGGCCCUGAAGGAGAAGAUCACGAAGGAGAUGAACUACAUCCUGUCCAACCAGGACACGGUGCUGGCCCAGAUCACGCAGCUGGAGAGCGGCAUCACGCAGACCGAGGUCAACGGCGUGGCGGCCCGGGAGCAGCUGGCGCAGAGCAUCCGGGACCUGACGGCGGCGCUGGCCGAGCGGCACGCGGCGCUGACCCAGGCGCUGGAGGCGGCCCGGCAGCGGCGCGGCGAGGCGCUGGGCGCGCAGGUGGCGGAGCGGCGGGCGCUGAUGGAGCACGCCGGCCUCAUGGCGUUCACGCAGGAGCUGCUGAAGGAGACGGACCAGCCGUGCUUCGUGCAGGCGGCGCGUCAGACCCACAGCAGACUGAGCAAAGCCAUCGACAGCCUCCAGCAUUUCUCUCUGGCCGCCGACCCGUCCUUCAGGCACUUCCAGCUGGACGUCAGCAAGGAGCUGAAGCUCCUGACGGAGCUGAACUUCACCCAGGCGCCCUUCGCGCCCGUCAUCGACACCCAGCGCACGCUGGCCUACGACCAGCUCUUCCUGUGCUGGCGGCUGCCGCCGGACUCGGCGCCGGCCUGGCACUUCUCGGUGGAGUACCGGCGCCGCGGCGUGGUGCCGGGCGGCGGCGGCGCCCGCGGCGGGCCCCGGGCCGGGCCGGCCGCGGCCCGCUGGGGCUGGCAGCGGCGGGACGAGGUGAGCGGCGGCAGCGCCGUGGUGGACCGGCUGGAGAUGGACAGCGUGUACGUGCUGCGCGUGCGGGGCUGCAACAAGGCGGGCUACGGCGAGUACAGCGAGGAGGUGUACCUGCACACGCCGCCGGCGCCAGUGCUCAACUUCUACCUGGACUCGCGCUGGGGCCUCCACGCCGACCGGCUGGUGGUCAGUAAGGAGCAGCGCUGCGCCCGCAGCGUGCCGGGCCUCUCGCUGCUGCAGGCCGCCGACCACGCGCUCACUUCCUGUCACCUGACCUCGGACCUCUUGGUUGGCGACGUCGCGAUUACGCAGGGGCGUCACUACUGGGCAUGCUCAGUGGAGCCAGGCUCCUACCUUGUUAAGGUGGGAGUUGGUCUGGAAUCCAAACUGCAGGAGUGGUUUCAUCUUCCACAAGACAUGGCCAGUCCACGCUACGACCCAGACAGCGGCCAUGACAGUGGGGCCGAGGACGCCUUGGACUCGGCGCCCCCCUUCUGCUUCCUCACCAUGGGCAUGGGUAAGAUCUACAUGCCUCAGCACAACUACCACCACCACAACAACCACGGGAACGGCGUCCGGGACCCCAUCACCAACGGCAACGGGCCGGCCCCGCCCACGGGCCUCACCUACCCCCUGCCGCCGCGGCUGGGCGUGUGCCUGGACUUCGAGAAGGGCCGCGUCACCUUCUACGACGCCCACUCCCUGCGGCCCCUGUGGGAGGGCCACGUGGAUUGCUCGGGCCCCGUGUGCCCCGCUUUCUGCUUCAUAGGCGGCGGGGCUCUGCAGCUGCAGGAGCUGGUGGCGAAUCGCAACGCCGACCAGACCCCGGUGAGGCGGGUGACGAUCCAGCCGCGCGUCUCCGGCUUAAACAACAACAACUGAGGCCUGGUGCCAGGCUUCACGGUCAUUUGGAAUGUAAUUCUUUAACGUGUAUUUACCCAGCUAGAGCGAAAAGUUAUACAUCUCAGCGAUUUUACUUUGUAUUUAUUUCCUUUGUAUAAGAUGACGUUUCUAUAGCAACAAAUAUGCAAUGUAAUUAAGUUUCUUACAUUUUUGUUACACGCAGUUUUGCAGGAACUAUUGCUUAAGUCGUGUCUGGUGAAGCCAGCACUUAAUAUGUAACGCUUGCACUUAGCCAGGCUCUCUUACGUAUGUUUAUAAGCUGAUAUAAAGACGCUUUCACACUUCAAUGCUUGAAGCUUGACGUCCCUCAUGUAUUAGACACACAGUAUGAUCCUUGUUUGAGCAGGAAAUGCCUGAAGAUUGAAGAUUUUAUUGCAUCUAAACUAAACUUACCAGUCAGUCACCCAUUAUCAUCCCAACCAAAGUUAUUGUUUUUCUGGGAUGUAAAUGUGGUAGAUUAGAGGUAGAGAGGAACAAUGAGGCAAUACUGUAAUUAGAGGCUCCAAUUAUACCUCCGCUGCACAGCUAAUCACUAGUUUCCACGGUUCUGUUUGUGCUUUGCUGUUUAGUAUUUCAAAUACGUGUGUGUGUGUGUGUGUGUGUGUGUGUGUGUGUGUGUGUGUGUGUGUGUGUGUGUGUGUUGACUGACAACACCAUCGAUUCACUGGCUAAAGGUUAAAUGUUAUUUUCUCACAAAUAAUAUUGCUGAUUGUUUUUUUUUUUAAACCCCUGCUUGAUUGUAAGUUAAUGAGCAGCGAUUUGCAAAUUAAAUCCACGUAAGCUUCACCUGCUGGCAGAAUGUUUGCAAAACAAAAAUGGGUUAAGAGAAAAAAAACAUAGAAUAAAUACAAAUUGUUUAAAAUAUGAAAACAC